AUGGUUGAUUUGGUAAGAAGAAACGCUGCAUCUAUGAGUGAAUUUGCAGAAAAGAAUGAAGAACAGAAGAAACGGCGAAGAUUUACAAAACGAAUGUAUGAAGAACUGGACCGCCGUAUGCUGACAUGGAUUGCAGAAAGAAGGGCACAUGGUGAUACCCUAUCAGAUGCUACAAUUUUAGAAAAAGCUGCCGAAAUAAAAAAGAAUACCGCAUCAUAUUCAGAUUACAAAUUGACCAAAUAUUGGCUUAUGAAAUUUAAAAAACGCAACGAUGUCAAUACAAAACAAAAAGUCCAUAUUAAACAAGAAGUCCAUAGAAAAAGAUCUAGUGUUGACAGGAAUGAAGCGAAGAUAUUUAUAGAGAAUUUUAAAAAAUUAAUAGAAGGAGAGAAGAUAGAUGUAGAAAAUAUUUACAACAUGGAUGAAAGCCGGCUUCUAUGGAAAGCUCUUCCCACACAGAUGCUUGCAGACAUCAAAGAAAAACACAUUAGUGACUAUAAAAUGCAGAAAAGGAGCAAAAAAAAGAGCAUUAGGUGCUAUACGAAUCACAAAGGGCGCAUAAGAAUGAUAUUAUGUGCAAAUGUAUCAGGCACGAAUAAAAUCACACCCUUAGUAAUUAACAAAUCCAAGAAACCAAAACCUAAAACCAAUGCUCCAAUCAUUUUGAAAUCACAGGCAAAUGGCUGCAUGAAUCAAUCAUUAUUUCUGGAUUGGUUCCAGAAUCAGUUUAAGCCAAAUGUAAGGGCAUUCCAAGCACAUAAACAAAUAUUUGGUAAAGUUAUUUUAUUAUUAAACAAUUGCAAGGAAUAUGAAGUUCCAACAGAUAUGAAAGAAGAUUUUGAAAUUAUGUAUGUACCACUGAAUACAUCAUUAUUACUACGGCCCAUGUAUCACAAAGUAACAAAAAAGACUAAGAAAGGUUAUCGUCACAAAAUGCGACAAAGGAUUUUGAGGUAUGACGGUGGGUUCAAUGAAUUUUGUAAGCAGUAUAAUAUUAAAGAUUGCAUACAAAUGUUAGCAGAAUCAUGGGGAGAAAUAACUGCAGAGAAUAUAAAAAGUGCAUGGGAGACAAUUAUUACAGGACCUGUAUCAGAUUUUCAAAGAAAUAAAGGUGACAAAGAACAAGAAGAAACAGUUGAUCGAAAAAAUCAUGAUAAAAAUAAUAUGAAUGAAUUAACAUAUUUAGUUCAAAGAUUAACACAUCAUAGUGCAACAGCACCAUCUCAUAUUCAGUCAUUUGUAGAUGGCAUAAAACAAUAUUUUUUACUUGAAAGGAAGGAAUAA